AUGCCGGCUCCCACAAACACUCUUCUCAUCGAAGGGUCUUUUACCGAGCUGAGCGAGGAGCUCGCCCAGUACCUCGACGUCCUCCGCAAGGAUGAGGGGUCCAGCGUCCACGCCGACGUCGUGCCUCUUCUCACACCCCUGCGUCAGCAAGAACAGAAUGGCGAGGAGCCAAACCUCCAGCAGCGAGACGAGGUCUUGAAGAAGAUCGUUGCUGCCGCGAAUUUCCUCAGCAACGCUCCUGAAAAGGAGGUCACCGCUGCCUAUAACCUUCUCGUUCACCUGGUCCAGCAGUCGUCAAACCCCGAUAUUUUCCUGUCGCGCAUCUGUUCCUACCUUUCCAAACCCAUUCAAUCCUCCCCACAAUUCGGUGCCACUCUGGCCCUCUCGAUCUUGACCACCGUCUUCAACACUCUCACUCCUUCAGACUCGAGCCGGUACCAUGUCUUCCUCGCCAUCGUUGGCGUUAUUCGUCAAGCAGGCGCCACUAGCUCGUACGACGCUCUCAAGGCCCAACUCAGCACGCAGUUGCCCGAAUGGAUCGAGGCCUGGGAAUUGGACGAGGAGGACGCGCAAAAACUGCAUCUCGCCGUUGCCGAGGCCGCCGAGGCCGCAGGUGACCGCGAGACUGCCCAUUCGCAUGUCGUUGCGGCUCUGCAGACAAUCGAUGCGAGCGAGUCAUCGAGCCAGGAAGCCCGCGAACUCGCCAUCCGCGCCCUCACGUCGGCCCUGACACACCCGGCCAUCUUUGACUUUACGCCUCUGACGGCCUCGGAUGCGAUCCAGGCGCUUCGCUCGAGCGACACCUCACUGUUUGAGCUGCUGGAGAUCUUUUCCGCGGACACACUCGACACGUACGACGAUUUCGUCUCGUCGACCCCGCUGAGUUCGAUUUCUGGUGGCGUGCUGGCCGACGACGGCGAUGCCCUAAAGACCAAAAUGCGUCUGUUGACACUGGCUUCUAUCGCCUCGUCGGCGUCUUCACGAUCGCUGCCGUACUCGACGAUAGCCUCUGCGCUCGGCGUCGAUAGCGCCGAUGUCGAGAAAUGGGUCAUCGACACCAUCCGCGCCGGCCUGAUCGAGGGCAAACUGUCUCAACUGCGCUCCGAGUUCCUCGUACACCGCGCCACAUACCGCGUCUUUGGCGAGAAGCAGUGGGCCGAGGUGCAGGGCCGCCUGUUUGUCUGGCGCCGCAGCCUCGAGGGCGUGCUCAGCGUCAUCCGCACCGAGCGCGAGCGGUACACGCGUGAGUUGCAGCAGCAGCAGCAGGCCGCGCAGGCUGCAGAGGAUGGUACUGCUAAGGGAGAUAAAAAGUCGGUUGGAGAUCGGAGACGGCAACAACAACCGCGCGAGAUAGAUCUUGUGGCGGCAGAUAAUUAA